CCAAAGUCAUUCGUGGAGUUUCUGGAGGCUCCUGGACUGCGUCUGCUGUUCGACUGAGCGCGCAUGAAGAACAGGCAGAUCAGGACAUGAACAGACCGUGUUUUGGCGUGCUCCUUGGGCUGCUGUGGCGGUGUUGUGGAGCUCAGCAGAGAGGUCUCUUCCCAGCUGUGCUGAACCUGGCCUCCAUGGCAGAGAUCAAGACCAAUGCCACAUGUGGAGAAACGGGACCAGAAAUGUACUGCAAACUAGUGGAGCAUGUACCAGGACAGCCCGUGAAAAACCCUCAGUGUCGGACCUGCAACCUGAAGAGUGAUUAUGCUAAUGAGCGGCAUCCCAUCGAGUACGCCAUCGACGGCACUAACAGAUGGUGGCAGAGCCCGAGCAUCAUGAACGGGAUGGACUACCAUUACGUCACUGUGACUCUGGACCUGCAGCAGGUCUUCCAGAUCGCUUAUGUGAUCUUGAAAGCUGCAAACUCCCCUCGGCCCGGAAACUGGAUUCUAGAACGUUCUCUGGAUGGUGAAACAUUCAUGCCGUGGCAAUAUUACGCGAUUACAGACACAGAGUGCAUCACACGCUUCAACAUCGUCCCCAGAACAGGCCCGCCAUCCUACAUGCAUGAUGAGGAAGUCAUCUGUACUUCCUUCUACUCCAAAAUCCAUCCUCUGGAGAACGGAGAGAUUCAAACCUCACUAAUAAACGGCCGUCCCAGUGCGGACGAUCCAUCGCCCACAUUACUCAACUUCACCUCGGCACGCUAUAUCCGCCUGUGGUUCCAAAGGAUCCGCACCCUAAAUGCUGACCUCAUGACCCUCGCCCUCAAUGACCCCCGAGACAUUGACCCCAUCGUCACCAGACAGUAUUACUACUCCAUUAAGGAUAUAUCAGUAGGAGGAAUGUGCAUCUGUUAUGGUCACGCUAAGGCCUGCCCUCUCAACCCAUACAACAAGAAAUUCAGCUGUGAGUGUGAACACAACACUUGUGGCGAGAGCUGUGACCGCUGUUGCCCUGGUUACAACCAGAAACCCUGGAUGGCGGGAACCUUCCUCACACGCCACGUCUGUGAAAAGUGCAACUGUCACGACAAAUCAGAGGAAUGCUAUUACAACCAGACUGUGGCUGAUGCUAAGCUGAGUUUGAAUAUGCAUGGUGAAUAUAAGGGAGGCGGAGUCUGCCUUGGUUGCUCUGAAAACACAGGAGGAAAUAACUGUCAAUCAUGUGUAGAUGGCUACUACAGACCAAGUGGACUGAGUCCACACGAGCCCUGGCCCUGCAGACUCUGCUCAUGUGACCUGAGAGGUUCACUGCACUCUUCAUGUGUCCCAGACGAGAGUCAUGCCACCGCAGGUUUGGCAGUGGGCUCGUGCAUCUGUAAGCAGGGAUACGCAGGUGAGAAGUGUGACAGGUGUGCGUUUGGAUACACAGGAUUCCCUCUGUGUGAGCGAUGCAACUGCAGCAGUGAAGGCAGCGUUAACCAGGAUCCCUGCCAGCCGCCCUGUGUGUGUAAGGAGCAUGUGGAGGGACAGAACUGCGACCGCUGUAAACAGGGAUUCUAUAAUCUCCGUGGAGACUGUCUCCAUGGAUGCGAGAAGUGCUACUGUUCUGGUCUAGCCAGCCUGUGUGCUGAAUCCCACUGGGACUACAGUAAUGUGACGGAUAUGUCUGGAUGGUAUCUGACAGGAGCGGAUGGGGAGGGGCUUGUGUGGGCGGUGCCCAGCAGAGAGAUGGCCCACCAGCUCACUGUCAGCCAAUCAGACGCGCAGACUCACCUGACAGCACCGUACUUCUGGAGCGCCCCGUCUGCUUACCUGAGCAAGAAACUCUUGGCGUACGGAGGCUCGCUCUCUUAUGACACAGAGAGCAAAGACAACCCCGUUCCCAUCAUCAGCGCUCCUGAUGUCAUCGUAGAGGGCGGCGGGCUGAGGUUGAUUGACAGCAGCUCUGGGGUCGCGGUGUAUCUGUUCUCCACAGCUGAGCGCAGGAUAGAUCUCCUGCCAGAGAGCUUUCAGCAUCAGGCUUCAGGACUGGCUGUCAGUAAGAGAGACUUCCACAGCGUCCUCAACAACAUCCAGCGUCUGCUGCUCCGGGCCUCCUCCACUCAGGAACACAGCGCCAUCUACAGGUUGGGCCGUGUGAGCAUGAGUGUGGCUGCUGAUGGCUCUGGCAGCGGCGUUAAGGCCCGCGCUGUGGAGGUGUGCCAGUGUCCUCCCGGAUAUGACGGCACUUCCUGUGAGAUGUGUGCGAUGGGCUACCGCAGGGUGAACGGGACACUGUACCGAGGCGUGUGUGAACUCUGUCAAUGCCACGGACACGUGGAACGCUGCCAUGACGUCACUGGACACUGCCUGGGCUGUAGGGAUCACACGGUCGGACCGUACUGUGACCAGUGUGCUCCUGGAUAUUAUGGAGACGCCACCAGAGGAACUGCAGACGACUGUCAGCCAUGUGCUUGUCCUCUUCUCAGCCCAUCAAACAAUUUCAGUCCCACAUGUCAUGUCGAUGCCAGGGAUGAGGUGAUCUGCGACCGAUGCCCGCCGGGUUACACGGGCACACGCUGUGACAGGUGUGCUAAUGGCUAUUUUGGUCGUACCAACAUUCCUGGAGGUUCCUGUCAGCCGUGUACGUGUCAUGGGAACCUGGAUCUUACAGCAGAGCUCAGCUGCGACCCGGUGACCGGAGCCUGUCUGCGCUGUCAUGAGGGAUAUGGAGGGCCGGACUGUGAAAGGUGCGCUGUCAGAUACUUUGGGGAUGCCCUUAUAGCCAAGAAUUGCCAAGCAUGUCAGUGUCACACUAACGGAUCGCUCUCAGAGUUGUGCCAUCAGGAGACCGGACAGUGCCAGUGUCGACAACAUGUUGAUGGACGUCAGUGUGACGAGUGUAUGUCUGGCUUACACAUGCAGGGCGCUCAAGGCUGCGUCCCAUGCCAUUGCAAUUCAUUCGGAUCGAAGUCGUUUGAUUGUGACGAGAGCGGUCAGUGUCGCUGUCAGCCUGGUGUGACGGGACAGAAGUGUGACCGCUGCGCUCCCGGACACUUCAGCUUUCAGGAAGGCGGCUGCACACCGUGCCAGUGUGCCCAUGUAGGAAAUAACUGUGAUGCUAACACAGGUCAGUGUAUCUGUCCGCCCAACACCGUGGGAGAGAGAUGUGACAAAUGUGCGCCCAACCACUGGGGUCACUACAUCAGCAGCGGCUGUAAGCUGUGCGGCUGUAACGCAUUGGGGUCUGUGGCACAGCAGUGUAAUGUGAACACUGGCUGCUGUAUGUGCCAUGAGCAGUUCAGGGGCGAGAAAUGUGAUGAGUGUAAGCUGGGUUACAGAGACUUCCCACAAUGCAUUUCCUGCCAGUGCUCAGUAGCAGGCUCGUCACUGGACACCUGCGAUGCAGAGUCUGGGCUCUGCGCGUGUGCAGACAGAAGUGGGCAGUGCUCUUGCAAGGCCAAUGUGGAGGGAGUGAAGUGUGACCGCUGUAAGAUGGGUUCUUUCGGCCUCAGUCACAGGAAUCCACUGGGCUGCAAGUGCUACUGCUUCGGCUUGAGCAGCUCAUGUAUGGAGGCCACGAGACUCAUCCGUAUGAGGCUGACUCUGAUGCCAGAACAGACCGUUCUUCCUCUUGUGGACAAAUCCAGUCGUCAGGAAAUCACAGUGGGCGUGAGCUUUCAGCAUCCUGACAUCAUCGCUAAUGCUGAUGUAGUCCAGCAGCAUCUGAGUGAGCCGUACUACUGGAGACUGUCAAAACAGUUUAAACGCUCAAUGAUAACAGCCUAUGGUGGGAAGCUGAAGUAUGCCAUCUAUUACGAGGCUUGUGAUGAGACGGGCCGCACCUUUUACGAGCCCCAGGUCAUCAUAAAGGGCGGCCCCAAUAAGGACAAGGUCAUGGUUCGCCACAUGCCAGCGCUUCAGAUUGGCCAGCUGACCCGUCACGAGAUUGACAUAACAGAGCAUGAGUGGAAGCACAGUGAUGACAGGCCGAUGUCUCGUGAGGAUUUCAUGGACGUACUGUUUCAUGUCGAAUAUAUACUAAUAAAGGCCUCACACGGCAGCGUCAUGAGACACAGCAGGAUUUCUGAGAUCACUUUGGAGGUGGCUGAGGUGGGGACGCCCUCGCAGGACAGUGAAAUCGCCCAUCAGAUUGAGAAAUGUGACUGUCCUCUGGGAUACGCCGGUCUCUCCUGUGAGGAAUGUGCGGCUGGGUUCUACAGGCUCUCUGUUCAUGCCGGUGGGGCCGCGUCCAGAGUGGGAUUUGGCACCUGUGUCCGGUGCCAGUGCAAUGGACACAGUGACUCGUGCGAUCCUAAAACAGCCGUCUGCCAGAAUUGUCAACAUAACACAGUUGGUGAUAAGUGUGAGCAAUGUGCGGCAGGGUUUUACGGCGUAGUGCGUGGCUUUCCCGACGACUGCAAACCCUGUGCUUGUCCACUCCUCAACCUGGAGAACAACUUUAGUCCCACCUGUCAGACGGAGGGUUUUAAUGACCGCUGCACCGCCUGUCCUGAAGGCUAUGAGGGAAAACACUGUGAAAGGUGCGCUGCUGGUUUCCACGGUAACCCGAGCGUGUUGGGCGGCCGGUGCGAGGAGUGUAAGUGCGAUGCUUACGGUGCAUUUCCCUCCGCGUGUGAUCCGCGCUCCGGACAGUGCCGGUGCCGUCCCGGAGCCAGCGGCCUGAAGUGUGACCAGUGCAUGGAGAGGCAUGUGUGUGGCCCUCAGGGCAUCGUGUCGUGUGACGACGACUGCGCGGGACUCUUGAUUCGAGACAUGGAUCGUCUGCUGCAUUUGAUUGGCAGCGUUAAUCUCACUCUGCCCCUCCCCCUGCCGUAUAAAGUGCUGUAUCGAUAUGAGAACAUGACGGAGGAGUUGAAGCACAUGCUGUCCCCUCAGAGAGCCCCGGCGAGACUGCUGCAGCUGGCCCACAGUAACCUGGGCAGUCUGGUCACUGAGAUGGACGAGCUGCUCAGCAGGACGACUAAAGUGUCUGCUGAUGGGGAGCAGACGGCAGCAGAUGCAGAGCGGAGCCGUAAAGGAGCCGAGGACCUGGAGCUUUACAUCAAGAACACACUGCUGGCUGCUGAAGCUUUAAGGGACAAAGCGCGUGAGCUGAACGCAACUCUGGGCUCGAGGGACGGGGCUCCUGAGAAGAGCGUGAACGAGAUGAAUGAUGAAAUCCAAACAAUGCUCGCAGAACUACGCAAACGCCAGCUCUCCGGCAAGAAAAACAUCGCUGACGAAGAACUGGGUGCCGCAGAGGCUCUUUUGGCUAGAGUGAAGCGUUUGUUUGGAGAUCCACACCAGGCCACAGAGGACCUGAAGAAGGAGGUCAGUGAUAAAAUGGGCGAUUACAGGCAGAAACUGAACGAAGCUCAGGAUCUGCUGAGGGACGCGCACAACAAAACCAAACAGGCCGAGGGACUGGCUGUUAACAACCAACUGAACCUCGACCGUCUGCAGGGAAAGAGGGAUGUGGCCGGUGAACAGAAAAAGGAAAUGGAGGGAAUUUUGGCGGAAGGAGAGAAGAUGCUGGACGAAGCUAACGCUCUCUCAGACAGCAUCAACCGGGGCAAAGAGGAGCUGGAGGAGAUGGCCAGAGAGCUGGGCCCCCUGCAGGAUAAGUUGGAUUUUAAGGUGGCGCGGUUGGGUCGCGGUCUGGACGACUCCAUCCCUGAUCUGCUGCUGAGAGCGGAGGACCACGCCGGCCAGCUCAACGAUUCUGCUGCCAUACUCGACAGCAUUCUAGCUGAGGCAAAGAACCUGUCCUUCAAUGCCACCGCUGCUUUCAACGCUUACACCAACAUCAAGAACUACAUUGAUGAGGCCGAUAAAGUGGCCAAAGAGGCAAAGAAAACCAGCAUUGGUGCUCUACAGCUGGCCUCUGGACCCAAAGGAUCUCUGAAAGACCAGGCCAAGGGUUCGGUUCAGAAGAGUCACCGUCUGUGGAACGAGGCCAAAGAAAAGGCUUUUUCCCAUAUGCAAAAUGGAGACAAUCUGGGUGUUCUUCAGUUCAGACUGAAAGGAGCCAACAAAAAGAACAAAGUACAGAAAGGCCUGAACGACACAAUGGAGAAACUCAACGCCAUUCCUGAUGAUCUAGCAGCGAAGAUCCAGGUGACUAAGCUGAAGGCAGCGGAGGCCAACGACACGGCCAUAAACGUGCUCCACCGCCUGAAGGACAUGAACCUCAACCUGAUGGGUCUGAAGAGGAACCACAGCAAACUGGAGGACGACGUCAAGACAGCCAACAACCUGAUCAAAGACCCGGAGAAAAACAUUCAUGCGGCCGGAGCUAAAGUCAAGGAUCUGGAGAACGAGGCCGAUAGGUUGUUGGAGAAACUGAAGCCCAUUCAGGAGCUCCAGGACAACCUGAAGAAAAACAUCUCGCAGAUCAAAGAGCUCAUCAGCCAGGCUCGCAAACAGGCCAACUCUAUUAAGGUGUCUGUGUCGUCCGGUGGAAGCUGAAUCCGCACCUACCGGCCGGAGAUCAAGAAAGGCCGCUAUAACACCAUCAUCCUCCAUGUGAACACGGUUGCUGCUGAUAACCUGCUCUUCUACCUCGGAUCGGCCAAAUAUGUGGAUUUCUUGGCAGUGGACAUGAGGAAGGGUAAGGUGAACUUCCUGUGGGAUGUGGGAUCAGGGGUCGGCCGUGUCGAAUAUCCCGAUCUCGUCAUCAAUGAUGGAAACUGGCAUCGGAUCGAGGCCUCACGUAUCGGGCUGAACGGCAGUAUCUCCGUCCAUGCACUGGAGGGGCCCAAAACUGGCAUCUUACCGACCCUCAGAAGUGCCAAAUCACCCGAGACUUACACCGUGCUGGAUGUGGACCAGAAUGCUUACCUGUUUGUCGGCGGCAUGCUGGGCUCAGUGAAGAAGGCACACGCUGUGAAAACCAUCACAUUCUCAGUCUGUAUGGGAGAGAUGUCUCUGGAAUGAAAACCCAUCGGCCUCUGGAACUACAGAGAGAGAGAUGGGGAUUGUGCUGGAUGUGUGGUCAGUCCUCAGCCGGCGGACACUGAAGGCACGAUUCAGUUUGACGGAGAGGGUUACGCCGCCGUCAGCCGGCCCACCCGAUGGAACCCAAACGUUUCCACGGUCAUGUUCAAGUUUCUCACGUUCUCCAUAGACGCGCUCAUGAUGUACUUCGCCACCAGAGACAUGAAGGACUUCAUGAGUGCAGAGCUGAGCGAUGGAAGGGUAAAAGUGAGUUAUGAUCUGGGCUCUGGCACCGGCUCCAUCAUCAGUGACAAACGCUAUAAUGACGGCAAAUGGAAGUCGUUCACCAUGUCCCGCAUGAAGAAAGAAGCAAACAUCGCCAUAAUGAACAUCGACACUAAUGAGGACGAGCAGUUGCGGAUGGCAUCUCCAGGUGGAGUGACAGGCCUCAACCUAAGGGAGGAUGAGAGGAUAUAUUUUGGCGGUGUACCCAAGACUGGAAACUACAGGUCAGAGGUGGUUUUGAAGAGAUUCUCUGGCUGUAUGAAAGACAUUGAUGUUUCCAGAACGCCAUACAAUCUGCUGAGCAGCCCAGACUACACAGGAAUGACCAAAUGCUGCUCCAUUGAGAACCUGCACACCGUGAGCUUCCCCAGGCCCGGGUACAUGGAGCUGAAGCCUGUGUCGUUUGAUGUGGGCUCAGAGAUCUCUCUCUCCUUCAGCACGAAGAGUGAAAACGGCAUCAUCCUGUUCGGCAGAGGAGGACUGACCUCUAUGACGCAGCUCACGCAGGGCCUGACGCCUGUCCACAUCCCGCGCCGCUCGCGCAGACAGACCGGAGAGCCCUUCCUGUCUGUGCAACUGAAUAAAGGGGCUCUGGAGGUGCUGGUGUUCACGGGCAGCAGGAAUCCACGCAGAGCUUUCAGAAAAGUGGAUAAGGGAAUACUGCAUGAUGGGAGAGAGCACUCACUGUGCAUCCAGAGACUCCCGGGAGCAUCUUUCACUGUGCAGGUGGAUGAAGAGCCACCCUUCCAGCAGCCAUUACCCAACGAUCAUCCUCUGAGCAUCCAUCGGCUCUUCAUUGGAGGCAUCCCAACGGACAUAGAAACAGGUGUACAGCGGCCCAACGUGCCUUUUGAGGGCUGCAUCUGGAACCUUCUCAUCAACACUGUGCCCGUGGAUUUCUCUCAGCCCGUGGCCUUUGAGAACGCAGAGAUUGGGCAGUGUCCUGACCUGGCCCCGCCCCAGACCCCUGAGGAAGAGGAGGAUGAGGAAGAGGAAGAGGCUCUGAGGCCUACAGAAGCAGCUCGGCCUCCACCACCAGCCUCCACUGCCACGCCCCUCACUGAAGCCACGCCCAUCCCAGACACGCCCACCAGUGUCCGAGAAGCUGCGGCGCCGUGCGCAGCGGAGGCGGAGCCUGUCGUGCUGGAACUGGCCAAACAGUUCGGUCUGUCCAGAAACAGUCACAUGGUCUUUGAGUUUGACGACAGGAAGGUGAAGAACAGGCUGAUCAUGGAGUUCGAGAUACGCACAGAAGCAGCCUCGGGGCUGGUUUUCUACAUGGCCAGGAUAAACCACGCUGACUUCACCACCAUCCAGCUGAAGGAGGGAAUGGCUCACCUGAGCUACGAUCUGGGCAGCGGCAACACCUCUGUCAGCGUGCCGCGCAUCAUCAACGACGGACAGUGGCACAAGAUCCGUGUGACGAGAGAGAAGCAGAGAGGUUUUCUCGUGAUUGACGGCCGUUACUCCAAACACACCACCAGCCCAAAGAACGCUGAUAUUCUGGAUGUGGUGGGAAUGUUGUACGUGGGAGGUUUACCGCUGAACUACACCAGCAAACGCAUUGGACCGGUGCUGUACAGUAUCAACGCUUGCAUUAGAAACUUCAAGAUGAUGCAUCUGCCGCUGGACAUGGAGAAACCCACGUCUAGCUACCGCGUGGGCUCCUGCUUCGCCAACCCAGAAAAAGGAACUUAUUUUGAUGGCACCGGCUAUGCUAAAGCUGUGGACACGUAUCGAGUGGGUAACGAUGUGUCCGUGGGUCUGGAGUUCAGGACGGCACAGAGCAGCGGCGUUCUGUUCGGCAUCAGUAGCCAGAAGAUGGAUGGACUGGGAAUCGAACUUGUCACUGGAAAGCUUUUAUUCCAUGCUGAUAAUGGAGUGGGGCGCUUCACAGCCGUAUAUGAGCCGGAUCCGGAGGCGGGGCUUUGUGAUGGACAGUGGCACACCGUCUCCGCCCACAAGCUGAAGCACCACCUGGAGCUCGUCGUGGAUGGCAAGAAGUCCGAGGCAGCGAGUCCAGACGCCCGCUCUGCCUCUGCUGAUACCAAUGACCCGGUGUAUGUGGGCGGAUACCCCGAGGGUCUGAAGCAGUUUGGACUCACUAUAAACACACCGUUUAAAGGCUGCAUGAGAAAUGUGAAGAUCACUAAAUCUGGGAAGACUCUGGAGGUCCAGAUGAACAAAGUCCUGGAGCUCAAAGGAGUUCAACCUCUCACCUGCCCUGCUGGUUAAACACACACACACUCACACUCACACUCACACAGGUUUGUUUUUGUGAAA